GCGGUAUCGAAAAUACAUGGAGUGGUACCGGCCCCACUUACAUCUCUCGGUGACUAAAGCUUGGUGCCCCGCGCUCUGCCCCUCCGAAGUUUCCUGCACCUACAUUGACUUUGAGAUUGACAAUCCGACAAAAGAACAACCACUAGCAUCACCAAAUCCAUGAGCAAAAGACCAGCGUCCAGCGAGACCUCUGACCUCUCAACCACCUCGAAACGUCCCAAACCCCCUUCCAACAUCACCAUGUCCCUCGAGCGCAUCCCCCUCGAACAUAUUCCCCCAAACUACAGGGUAUACGGAGCUCUGUUUCGCGACGUAUCCAACGCUUCCUUUCUCCAAACUCAGCUGAUUUCCCGCAACCCCGAAUUUGAAUAUGCCUUUAUCGAUGCUUCUACCAUUGUCUCGCGCGUCCAUCUCCUCGCAGCUGUCUGGAACGCAGUCUAUAGCUCGGUGGAAGGAAACUUGAGGACGCCAAAUGUGCACUCCGAAGUGGUGGCUUCCCUGAAUAUCAACAACAAUAUUGCCGACGGGUACAGACGAUGGGGUAUAACGUCUGACAAGACCAAGGACUUGGUCGUGGUCAAGAUUCUCUCCUCGCCCGAACCGCUACCACAGGCCGAGCAAGAAAAUGAAGCCGAGGAAGUCUUGUCACAUCUAACAUCGCAGAUAGAGGGACGACUAGUAAGAUUAACAGACCAGGAGAUCGCAGAAGUCACGGACUGGCAAAAAGUCAGGAAAUACUACAAGCUGAACGGAGUUCCAGUCUUGGACCAGACAAAAGAUGAGGCGGUAAAAAGGAAAAAGAUGGAGAGCAUGGCCAUCAUGGGCAUGGCGCUGAGGGGACUGUAGGAAAAAGA